GGCCUGGCAAGCCUGGAAGGAGUUUGGGUGGAGCUGUGCAAGCUUGGCUGAGGGGGAGGGGAAGCCGCCACUAGCAACUAACCUUAGCUUCCUAAACUCAGCAGAAAGGUCAGAGGUAUUGUCGGAAAGGCAAGAAGCCCAGUGAUUCUGCUCGCCCGCCAAACCAAGACAAAAACCCAAGUUGUGCCAUGCAGCUUUAAAGGGGCUGGUGAUUGACAGAAUGUGUAGCAGUGGAUGGGGUGGAGCCGCUGGGUGGGGUCUGGGACAGGCAGCUGGGAGAAACCAAAAGGAAGAAAAAAGAAAACCAUUGCCCCUGUUGUCGCUAUUGCCGUGCGCGGGAAGCUAGCCAAAAAGAAACUGAAAGGAGUGGUUUAGAGCUCACCUUCACUCCUAUCCCCAGCCAACUCUCUCGAACCCUCUGUCUCCUUUUGAGAUAAUUAAAAUCGAGUAAACACCGGCACUAGUCUGUGCCCAUUCCCCCAAGUCUGCACUGAACUAGGUUUGUAGUACCGAGGGAGUGAGGACCCCGUGUCCACCAGCUCAAACCCGGCCCCGCCCCGUCGGCUCUGGCCCAAGGCUCGGAGCAGAGGAUGACUUUGGAGGUGCAGAAUCCGAAAAUAUGGAUCAACUCAUAAACAACUUGGGGGUCUAACUUAAUUCAGAAAGUGGCUCAAUGCAUGUCUUCAAACAGGUCACUGGCUCUGUUCAUAUCAGAGAUCCUCUUAAGACAGAAGAUAGAGGGAAUAUGACAUCUCCACCAUUCCCAGAUGCCAGUCCCAUGGAGAACCCAGCACUAUUUAGUGAAAUCAAGAUUGAGCCCCCAGAAGAACUUCUGGCUAAUGAUUUCAACCUGCCCCAGGUGGAACCAGUUGACCUCUCUUUUCACAAGCCCAAGGCUCAUCUCCAGCCUGCCAGCAUGCUGCAACCUCCAAUAUUCACUCCCAAGCCAAAGCCUGCUCUCCAGACACUUGUGUCCACUUCAACGUCUGACACAGGCACUUCAGUAAAUAUCCCUACUGUUCUGACUCCAAGGUCUAUCCUGGCCUCCUCUCAAGGAACUGGUGGCCAGCAGAUCUUUCAUGUGAUUCACACCAUCCCCUCAGUCAGACUGCCAAAUAAGUUGGGUGGCCUAAAGACCAUCCCAGUAGUGGUACAGUCACUUCCCAUGGUGUAUACUACUUUGCCUGCUGAUGGGGGCCCUGCAGCCAUUACAGUCCCACUCAUUGGAGGAGAUGGCAAAAGUGCUGGAUCAGUGAAAGUUGACCCCACCUCCAUGUCUUCACUGGAGAGCCCAAGUGACAGUGAGGAGAGUGAGAUUAAGAGUGGAUCCUCAGCUUUACAGGGUGUUCAGGGACUACAGCAAGAACCAUCAGCAAUGACCCAAAUGCAGGGAGAAGAGUCUCUUGAUUUGAAGCGAAGACGGAUUCACCAAUGUGACUUUGCAGGAUGCAACAAAGUGUACACCAAAAGCUCCCACCUGAAAGCCCACCGCAGAAUCCAUACAGGAGAGAAGCCUUAUAAAUGUACCUGGGAUGGCUGUUCCUGGAAAUUUGCUCGUUCAGAUGAGCUCACCCGCCAUUUCCGCAAGCACACCGGCAUCAAGCCCUUCCAGUGCACAGACUGCAACCGUAGCUUCUCUCGCUCUGACCACCUAUCCCUGCACCGCAGGCGCCAUGACACAAUGUGAGCAGCAUAGACUACACCAGAAGAGCUGUGCUGGUCUUGUGUGUGUGUGUGUGUGUGUGUGUGUGUGUAUGCAUGCAUACCGAGAUCAUAACCAUCUUUUCCUCUUUGACUUCAGCUUGCCUCAGGGAUGGGGUAGGCGCAGCUCACUGAGCCAGGUUGAUGAGACUGUAGGAAAAAAUAGAUGGUCUCCCAUGGGGGCUCCUCAUAUUCUACUUUCACUUCUCCACUGUCCAGUCUCCAAUUUUUUCAGCCUUGCAUGGAUUGAAUUCCAGUGUGGCACCCAUGGCUUCCCCCCAUUCCUCCACCAUACCCUUGCUCUGACAUAAGACAUUUCCCUACAAAAACAAAACAGAAAAUCAAACUCAAGGCUGUGAACAAACAUGCACUGCUUUUUAUUCCAAUUUGUCUCUUAUUUUCUAGAAUUCUUAUCCUUUCUUUCUUUUUUUUGGAAUCAGCAUUUAAGAGUGGUUGGUAGUGUCUUAAAAUGACAUUUUGUAAAUUUCUUAAACAUAAAAAGGCAUAAUAAUUUAGUUGAUUGUUAAGAUUUACAGGGAUUUGGGUCCUGAGUAUAGGGCACAUCCUCAGUGAAUAAGAUGAGUCCCUUGCCAAACUGAAAGAUUUUGUAAAUCCAAUCCUAUAUGUUAUUACAGUUUGGUUUUCAGAAAGUGCUGAUGCUUCUUCACAAGUCUAUCAGAAGGAAUGAAAUGAUCUUCUCCUACUUGUCCUCUUUUUCUUCGUCCUUCUUCAGGAUAAAGAUUUGGCUGCACAGUUAUCUUCUCCGUUAGGUUAAAUUUGAAAAAGCUUUCAAAGCACACACUGACAUACCAGUAGGGAGAAAAGUGUUCCAGGAAAAUAUGUUGGGCAGCGACAGGAACAAACAAAACUAGUAUCAUUCUGAAAACAAAUAAAGGGGGACUUUCAUUUGGAUAAGAUUUCAGAAGCUCUGUAAUCACAAACCUCAUUCAAAUGGCAGCCUGUUGAGGCAGUGUCUUGAGGGGCUGUUUAUUCUUUUGUUUAUGUAAAGCAACUGUUUUGAGCAUAUUGCAUGGUGAGAAAUCACACACUGGGGUUAUUUUAUACAGAAGUGAGGGGUUAGAAGAAAAAAAUGUGUUCAUUCUGUGGCAUUAUUAGCAUGAAUUCUUAUAUUUCAAGUGGAAUUUAAAAGGAUUUUAGAGAAAACUGACACAAAAAACCAUCUGAUGUUCUGCAACUGCUAUAAACAGCUAGCCAUUUCUUUAGUCAUUAAGGCAGGUUACAUAUUAUACACAUCUGAUUACCCAAUUGGACUUUUAAGUAAUAGUCUCUGGGACAUCAAACCCUCUGUUCUAGGCUGUGGACUUCAGAUCUACCUCCAAAUGGCAUAUUUUCUCUACCUGGGGGCAGGGAGGGCUUUGCAUCACUUAGUUUUAAAUUCAGCCUCUCUUCUAAAGGUUGUCUUCAUAUUGAACCCCUUUUCCGUGGCAGAUAUUCAAUCAGUCCCUGUGUGAAUACUUUAGGUUACUACUUCCAAAGACCAUCCAUUCCAACUAAAUCAAGAAAUUCUAGUACCAAGAAUGGAUCUUAUUAACCACUUAGUACUAUCUAUCAUUUAUAUUUUAAAGAUGAAACAAAUAUGGGCCAGAUUCUUUCCCCAGAUUUUUUAUUGAAGUGUUAUAGAUCUGUGCACCCAUUCUCCCAGGGAUCACAUUCUAAAACCAAAAUAAAGAAAAAUUUUACAUAAUUGGUUGCAGUAUUUCUCCAAUUUUAUAUGCUAUGCUUCAGAAAACUAGACCACUCACAGUAUUAUUUACAGUUGAUUAAAUACUAAGUAAAAUGUGUUUGUGGUCAUUGGUAUAUAACAUUAGACACACAAUUUUUCUAUUCAAACACUGUCUAUAAUAUUUCAUAUUUGAUUUACCUCAUUUUCACUUACAGUGUCUUUCCAGACUAUAAACUGUCAUAAAUUCAAAGACUGUAUAUUUCUCAAAAUGACAUAUGAAUUUUUAAUAUUAUUGUUAUUUUGAUAUAGGCUUUCCCCUGACUUUGAGUGUUCAAGUUACACACUGUAAACUAAUUGAUGAAGCAUUAGGAGAUAUCGAGGGCCAGUCUGUUAAAGGGAAAUUCUAUGUAGCUAUAAGACAGAUGGUUAAAGGUGAAUUACCAUCACACAUAAGUUUAAGCAUUUAAUUGGGUAGUUGAUGUGGCAUUUCAUAGUAAAGAGCUUAGCCAUUUUCUCCAGAACUUUGAUCCUGAGUCUCCUUUUCUAGAGUCCAUACAUAAAUGACUUGUGUCCCUUGGACCUCAAGAUCUUUUGCACUGAGCAUAUAAUCUUAUAAAUAAAGGCUAUCAAUCAUACUGUUGUACUAAGAUGAUCAAAUUAAGUUUCUAAAUACUGGUAUCUCUGACAUCCUUAAGUCUAACCCUUUACUCAUUUUUUUCCCCUUCAAAGUAAUGUGGGACUUCGUUAAUGCUUUAUUGUUACAAAACAUUUCAAACCCUAUUCUCAUUGCCCUGUCCCCUCCAAAUAAUGGUUAAAAAAAUCCUUCCAAUUAUUUACAUAUAUCGUAAUAAAUAUGUCUAAAUGCAUUUAGAGUGUUUCAUAGAGAUCCAAAUACAGUACACUACAGUACUACACCAAAACUACAUAUAGUUUUGCUAAAUAAACAGUGAGAUGGAAAGGAACUAUUUUAGCUGACAUUUGGAAUUAAUUGAAUUUACUGUGCUCAUGCCAGCAAAGCACCAUUAAGUGGACAUUUCCAAUGACAUGAAAAAUAGCCUUGUUUGAUAAGGUUGGAUAAUAUUCUGGGAUUCGUUGCCAUGGAAUUCUUCCAUCUGUAGAUGAUUGGCAGUUGAACAUAAGUAUCAAUAAUUAUGAUUGGAGAAUUCAGGGAAAACUAUGAGGAACUGAACUGGUUGGGUAGGUUAGGUGGAUUGAAUUAUGGUAACACAAAAUGUUUCUGAGAGUAAGAUCUUUUUUAUAAGAGUAAGAUAUUUUUAAAUAAACUUUUUUAAAUUUAACUUUUUAAUAUUUAUUUUUGAGAGAGAACACGAGUGGGGGUGGGCAGAUAGAGAGGGAGACACAGAAUCUGAAGCUGGCUGCAGGCUCUGAGCUGUCCGCACAGAGUCCAACAUGGGGCUUGAACUCACAAACUAUGAGAUCAUAACCUGAGCCAAAGUCAGAUGUUUAACCAACUGAGGCAUGCAGGGACCCCCUUUUUACUUUAGAACUGUUUUAGAUUUACAGAAAAUUGUGAAGAUAGUACAGAGAGUUUACCUAUAAACAGUAUCCAGUUUUCCCUUUUAUUAAUAUCUUUUAUUAAUUCAUUAGUAAGGUAUAUUUGUUACAGCUAAUGAAGUAAUAUGAUACAUUAUUAUUACCUAAAGUUCAAACUUUAUUCAGAUUUUCUCAGUUUUUACCUAAUAUUCUUUUUUUAAGCAUCCUAUUCAGGAUACCACAUUACAUUUAAUAGUUAUGCCUCCUUAUGCUUCUCUUGGUUGUGACAAUUUCUCAGACUUUCCUUGUUUCCUAUGACAUUGACAGUUUUGAGGAGUAUGUCCCAAAUUGUCUGAUGUUUUCUUCAUGAUGAAACUGAGGUUAUGGUUUGAAGAAGGAAGAUCAUAGAGGUGAACUACCAUUUGUAUCACAUUAUAUUAACAUGGCUUAUACUCUGGAUGUUAACCUUGAUCAUCUGGCUGAGAUUGUGUUUGUUAGAUUUCUCCUCUGUACCCUUCCUUUCCCUAUCUCCACGCUGUACUUUCUGGAAGGAAGUCACUAUGUGAAGCCCACACUUAAGCAGUGGUAAAUUAUGCACCACAUCCUAGAGGGUCUCUAGAUAAAUUAUUUUAAUUCUUUGCAUGAGAGAUUUGUCUUUUCUCUCUCAUUUAUUUAUUUAUUAAAUCAUUUACUUGUAUCAGUAGGGGUUCAUGGAUAUUUAUUUUGUACCUUGAGUUAUAAUCCAAUACAACUUUAUUUUGUUUCUCAAAUUGCUCCAGCUUUGCCCACUGGGCACUCUUGGGUUGACUUCCAAGUACUUUUGACAUGCCCUCAUCACAUUUUUAUUAGCACAUUCUUAUUUUCUGGUACUACAAAAUGCUCCAGUCUAAUCAUAUAUAUUUUUUUGCCCCCAGUUUAAUCAUAUAUAUAUUUUUUUGCCCUCUCUUACAAUCAACCAUUUAUUUAAAGUGUACUGGUUCCUUUUACUGGAGAAUUAUCUUAGAAACCAAGACCUGGAUAUUUGAUAUGCUUGCUGCUACUGGGCAUUGUUGAUUCUAGGUGAUCUCAGCUGACAGAGCAGGAAAUAUGUGUGUGUACACUAACCCAUGUAUAUACAUAUCUAGAAAUAUGUCUAUAUGUAAUCAUCCAUAUCCUUAUUAAGCUGAAUAUGAGUUUAUACUGAUGUCUGCAAUUCAUUACCACAUGGUUCAUUGUAAACCUUUACCUUUGUUUAUAUAUAACCUCCCAUUCCAACACUGAGAAUCCUACUCCCACACUCUGUCGUCUAUUUACUUAAUUGUUCACAGUCUACACGUAUAGUGGCAUCUCAAUUGUUAACCUGUACACCUGUGAGAAACAACUAGAGCACAGUGCUUAGGUAUAUAAUAGUAAUAUAUUUAGAACCCCAACAGCUCUUUGAAACAAAGUGAUCUGCGAAAUUCAGGAAUUAGGGAUUUCUGUGAUCUGAGUUCCAGGAAUAUGGGGUCUAUCUCUUCCAAAAAAAACUUUUCUCAAGGACCAAAACAUUGGGAAUUGACCUAACCUUGAAUAAGUCAAGAUAAAUUAUUGACUCUUCAGUAUGUUAAUACUUAUAUAGAGAGGUGGACACAGAAUAAAGUAGGUGAGCCCAAUUGAAUUAUUGAGCAUUAUUUUUCUCACUGGUAAAUAUGUCUCUCUGAAAAUAGGGGUGCUACCCUAAAUUAUCUCUCUUCAUAUUUUCCUGUCCCUCACUUGGUAAAAGUUAGACAAGUCACAACAACUCUCUAUGACUCAGUCAACCCAUCUACAAAGUGGAGAUCCAAAAAUCUACCUCACAGAAAUGUUGUGAGGAUUCUCAUUAAGAGAUGUUGGCAAAAAUAAUAAGAGAUAUUUAAAUUAACAACAAAGUAUUAUGAUCAUCACUAUGAUAAUAACUAUAGUACCCAAAAUUUACCCUAGAAAAGGGAGAGACUUAGACUGCCUGUGUCAUAAAGAACUAAAUUUGAAUCAAUAAGAAAGAUAAUUGAAGAGUGGUGGCUGGAAGUAAUAUUAUUUCUUCUCUUUCUUCCCCUUACAUUCACUUUAUUACUACCUGUAGGAUUCUCAUCUGUUUCCGGACUUGAAGCACAUAAGGACCCAAAUGAAUAAGUAGGCAAAACCCAUUGCUUCAAAAGCUGAAUUCUUCCCUUAUUCUCACUUUGGACCACAUUAUAUGUAACCCUGUUAGAAGCACAAAGGUAAUUUCCCAGAGCCUUUCAGACUUUGGCCAGUUCAACUUCACCAGUUACAUUUUUCUUUUUCCCUACUUACUGUCCUCUAAAUAGUAUAGAUAAGGAAGGAUGUGAGGUGAGGUGGUUGGGGAGAGAGUGGGAUGGAAUAGGAUACAAUUUAUGCCAGUGACAGAAUAUUUCUUUGAUUCCCAAACACUGGUUUUACUAUCAAUUUCCUUUUUUUCUGGUGGUGGGUCAAGGGCAGAGGGAAAGAGGAUAUUUUGUUAACUGUUAAGAAACUCUCCUUCCCUUCCAGUAGAUAUUUCCCAGGAUCAGUACAAGUAGCUGUGUUGGCCAUUACAUUAUAACUAUGUUGUAUAGAGUGCCAUUUUAAUUGUAUUGUUGAAUAAGAAGAGGAAGAAAAUUCCUAAUAAGUGUCCAUUCUUGUUUUUUGACAUGAGGUCACAGCAGGAAAGCAAUUUCAGAAACUGAGUCCUUUUUUGUGAGUUGAGAAAAGGAGCCUGCAGUGAAGGGAUUGCUUAAAUUUUAUGUCAUCAUUUAAAGAGAUUAUAAAACAGUAUAUUAAGCUUUAGCCUCUAUUACUCUUAUGUUUGUGCCUCCUUCUUUUAGUGUUUUAGAGCAAUACUUGAUUUUUCCUCUAUUUUAUGUUAGUUCUUGCUCCAGAGAUAUGGUUUCAAGGCUACGAUCAUGAGGAAUCUCUCACAUACAACUCCGUUAUGCACCUGGGGAUACUCAAAAAUUACUUAAGUUAGCAUAGCCACUCAGAGUAUUCUCUUCCUAGCCCAAUGGGGCUCUCAUUCUGUUGCAACCAGGCAGGGUGUAUGCUUGGGUACUAAGCAAUCUUGUUUGAUUGUUGUACUUUUUUAUUAAUAAAAAUAUAUUAAACUCCAGAAA